CGCCACCGCCCGCUGACGCAAACACGGAAGCAGCAUGGCGUCCAGCAGCAACAGCAGCGCGCAGAACAGACUCCGGAUCAUAGCCGGGCAUCUGGAAAGCCGAGCGGGCGUCGCUGCGCAAGAAUGCAAAGCCGAGGUGCCGGGAUCCAGCCCGAGCAGACUGACACCGGUACCGAAGCGGAGGCAGGAGAUCAUGAAAUGGAAUGGCUGGGGUUACAGCGACUCCAGGUUCCUGUUUAAUAAAAAAGGUCAAGCAGAGUUCACAGGUAAAAGGUAUCGGUUGAGUGGUCUGAUUUUGCCGAGUUUGAAGGACUGGUUUGAGGGCACGUUUGGAGCGAGUUUACAGCAUAAAUCUCCCGCUGCGCCCACGCUGAGUUCAAGUGCAGUUCCCCCUCCUAACAUGAAUGAGCCCUUCAUGGAGGACCUGAAAGCAGCGGGCAUAGCUGUGUCACGUGAUACAGAGGACCGGGUCUUCCGGGCUCAUGGUCACUGCCUGCAUGAAAUCUUUGCUCUGCGUGAAGGGAGGAUUGGACGGGUGCCGGACGCCGUGGUUUGGCCGAGUUGUCACAGUGAUGUGGAGAAGAUCGUGGAACUGGCCUGUAAACGUGACGUCUGUUUGAUACCCUACGGAGGUGGUACAAGUGUGUCCAGCGCUCUUGAGUGCCCCCGUGAGGAGACUCGCUCCAUCGUGUCUUUGGACACAUCUCAGAUGAACCGAAUAUUGUGGGUGGAUGAGAAGAAUCUGACAGCUCAUGUGGAGGCAGGAAUCAUCGGACAAGAUCUUGAGAGACAGUUAAAUGAGCGCGGGUACUGCACAGGUCACGAGCCCGACUCGAUGGAGUUCAGUUCUCUGGGCGGAUGGGUGGCCACGAGGGCGUCGGGCAUGAAGAAAAACAUCUACGGCAACAUCGAGGACCUGGUGGUGCAUAUAAAGAUGGUGACUCCCAGAGGAGUGAUUGAGAAGAGCUGUCUGGGGCCGCGUAUGUCCACCGGACCUGACGUACAUCACUUCAUACUGGGCUCAGAGGGAACUCUGGGAGUGGUGACGGAAGUUACAAUGAAGAUCCGACCCAUUCCCGAGUAUCAGAAAUACGGAUCUGUCGUCUUUCCAAACUUCCAGCAGGGUGUGGCAUGUUUGCGAGAGGUCGCCAGACAGAGAUGUGCUCCAGCAUCCAUUCGGCUAAUGGACAAUGAUCAGUUUCAGUUCGGUCAUGCACUCAAGCCACAAGUGUCCUCCAUGUUCACAUCGUUUGUGGACGGGUUGAAAAAAUUCUACAUCACAAAGUUCAAAGGAUUCGACCCGCACCACCUGUGUGUCGCCACACUGCUGUUUGAAGGGGAUCGUGGGAAGGUUUUGCAGCACGAGAAACAGGUGUACGACAUUGCAGCCAAAUUCGGGGGUCUUGCAGCAGGAGAGGACAACGGUCAGAGGGGAUACAUGCUGACAUUUGUGAUCGCGUAUCUGCGGGAUCUAGGGAUGGACUACUAUGUGAUGGGCGAGUCGUUUGAGACGUCUGUGCCGUGGGACAGGGUGUUGGACUUGUGCAGGAAUGUGAAGGAGAGGAUUGUGAGGGAGUGUAAGGAGAGGGGUGUACAGUUCCCCCCGCUCUCCACAUGCAGAGUUACACAGACGUAUGACGCCGGUGCUUGUGUGUAUUUCUAUUUUGCCUUUAAUUAUCGAGGUCUCAGUGAUCCCGUGCACGUCUAUGAACAAGUGGAGCACGCAGCCCGAGAGGAGAUUUUGGCCAACGGAGGAAGUUUGUCUCAUCAUCAUGGAGUGGGAAAACUCCGGAAGGAAUGGAUGAAAGAGAGCGUGUCCGGCGUGGGUCUCGGCAUGCUGAAGUCGGUGAAGGAGUACGUGGACCCUCAGAACAUUUUUGGGAACAGAAACCUGUUGUAAUUUAACAACACUGAUUUGUUUUCAAUGAUGUACUCAUUGAUUUAAACUUCAUCAUCCAUAUUCUUCUUGUGUGCACAGAACCAUGAUAAACCAACUCUUUGUUUUCCAUCAACACUAUGGUCUGGUGUUAUUGUCACCUUUAACCUUUGACCGAUCGGAGUGUGACAUCAAAGCGCAGCUUACCAAUGGCUCUCGCCAUACUAUGAUGUCAUAUGCCGAUCGGUCUGCCCUCUGGUCUUCCCAUUCUUCAUUUGAUAUCACAGGUUUUUAUCAUUAAUACUGUAAUGUCUGAAGUAACGCACUACUGUUGUGUUAGUACGGUAGACGUGUCUGAAUUCUGUGCCUUCUGUCUGUCUGAAACUCUAAAUGUUUACUCCUUCCUCUCUUCCUUACUCUGUUUUUGCCUUUUCCAUUUGUCAGCUUAAACCGUUUCCAUUAAAAAUGUUUUAUAUUAGAUGGAUGAAUUUAAUGAUCAAAGCAAAACUAAAUAGACACGUUGCACCUUAUAAUCUAAAUCAAAUCUAUAUUUUUGAGUAAGACGAUUAGAGCUGUUUUAAGGGCCAUUACGUUUUUACAUAAUGCAAGAAACUAGAAUGAAAACAGAAAUGAAAAUCAACUCGACUAAACAAUGAUUCAGAAUUAAAAUGUAAUACAAAAUAUGUUUGAUGAUCUGCAACAUGUUUUAUACAGUUACUAAUGUUCUUAACACAUUUUCUCAUUAUAUAUAGUUUCCUGCUGAAAACGUAAACGAUUUAUUAAAAAAACCUUAAUGUUCCCAAACGAUGCAAUGUUAUACAUACGAAUGUAGAUUUUGAGGUGAAAUUGUGCCUCAGUUUUGUGUUGAGAAUUGACCCUUGUGAAUUCCGAAGGUUAAUGUUGUGUGUUGCGUGUUUUCAGCGUGAUGUGACUGAUGUUGCGUGGAUCAAAUCUCUCUCCUUGUGUUCUUACCAAAGAGUGUCGGCAGACGCUUCAGCCUCACAAACACGCGUGUACAUGCUGUAUAUAUCCAUCAACUGAACACUCAUCAUGAUAAAUUGUAUUUUUUUAAAGACAACAUAUGCAAAAAGCCAGAGCUGAUCUGAACUUGGAUCUAAAACAAUAUCUGUGACUGUUUAUUUCCAUAAGCCCCGCCCACUGCGGUUGUAAGCCACGCCCAUCACUGUCAACGGCUCUGUUGUUUAACAGAGCUUUUCCCGCGUUUCUCAAAUGACGCCAUCAUUUAUAAAGUGUCUGAGGAGCUUCAUCGUUUGUGUUGUAAAUCAGUAACCCUUUCUGUCUUAAUGAAACUAAAAAUGAAGGAUCCUGAGGUUUGCUCUCUCCUCUGAAUGUUCCUGAACGGUUUCUUCUUCGAUCACGUUUUACUACAACAAGAAUUAAAAAGAGUGUGUUAACAGAUUUGAAUCUGGAUAUGAUGAAAACUGUCCUCGUCUUUUGCCAGAUCUCUUGAUCGUGUGUUUAAUAUCGGAGUACAAUUUGUCAAAGCUGUUUGUGCAAUAAAUGAACAUGUUAGAACACUUGCUGUCUUAGUUAUU